ACCGCCCCCUCCCUGUGAUCAAAUUAGUCCAGACACAAAAAAGGAGCCUCAGUCUCAUCUUUGAGGGAGAGAGCGAGAGGAGGACCGCACUCCGUCUUGUCGUCCGAGCAACUCUUCUCCUCAGCGCUGAUUGAUGACAGAACAUUGAGGAGGUCGUCAGGAAGGUAAACAAGAAGCAAAGAUGACGUCGACGGAGCCCGCAUUAGCGUUUUUCAACGAGUCGUCAGAAAACUGCCCGGCGGCGGCGUCGAGGACGGAGAACGUGGUGCUGGGGAGCGUCUACGUGGUGGUCUUCCUGCUGGCGCUGGUGGGCAACAGCCUGGCCCUCUGGAUCUUCUCCCGCCAGCGCGCGGCGUCCUCGCCCGCCGACAUCUUCCUGACCCACCUGGCCGUGGCCGACCUGUCCUACGUGGUCAUCCUCCCCCUGAGGGCCACCUACCACCUGACGGGGGGCCACUGGCCCUUCGGGGAGGCGGCCUGCCGAGCGGCGGGCUUCCUGUUCUACGUCAACAUGUACGCCAGCCUGUACUUCCUGGCCUGCGUGGCGGGCGACCGCUACCUGGCGGUGGUGCACGCCGUCCGGUCGCUGAGGGUGCGGCGCGCCCGCUACGCCCACGCCAUCAGCUUCAGCCUGUGGGCGCUGGUCACCGUCUCCAUGGCGCCCCUGCUGGCGACGCGGCAGACGGCGGAGGCGGGCGGCGUGACGGCGUGUCUGCAGCUCUACCGGGAGAAGGCGUCACGCCGCGCCUUGAUCUCGCUGGGCGUGGCCUUCACGCCGCCCUUCCUGUUCACGCUGUGCUGCUACCUGCUCAUCAUCCGCAGCCUGCACCGCGGCUGCCGGCUGGAGCCCGCCCUCAAGCUGCGGGCGCUGCGCACCAUCAGCCUGGUCAUGCUGGUCUACGUGGUCUGCUUCCUGCCCUACCACGUGAGCCGCGCCACCUUCAUCCUGGGCCACAGCCAGCUGCAGGUGUCCUGCCACGCCCGCAGGAGCCUGGCUCUGUCCAACCGCCUCACCUCCUUGUUCACCUGCCUCAACGGCGCCAUGGACCCGCUCAUCUACCUCUUUGGCGCCGAGAAGUUCCGCGGCGCUCUGAUGCGACUGUUCGGCAAAGGCGGGGCGGCGGCGGGCGACGCCACCAGCGCCGACUUGAAAGGUACACACGAGAGUUCUCUGAGCGCCAAGUCGGAUUUCGAACUCGGGAUCUCCAGGCCUCGCUGAACGCUUCGCCGGUGCGGAAACGUGCGUCCUUUUUCUACAACUGUGGCUCCAUCUGGUGGUACGCCAAAGAAUUGCUUAAGUCAAUGUGACUUCUCAAACUGGGUGGAAUCAGCUACAAAUAUGUAAUGUACUUGUUAUGUAAAACAUCUGCCUUGUAUUUAUUGAAUACUUAGGGCUACUACGCUACUGUAUUUAAUGUUGUCAUUAUGGUGGUACUUAAUGAAUACUUAGGUCUACUACUUUAUUCAUUUUUUUCAUUAUGGUGGUACUUAAUGAAUACUUUGGUCUACUAAUUUUAAUUUUAAUGUUGUCAUUAUGGUGGUACUUAAUGAAUACUUAGGUCUACUACACUACUGUAUUUUAAUGUCAUUAUGCUGGUACUUGAUAAAUACUUAGGUCUACUAAUUUUUAUUUUAAUAUCAUUAUGGUGGUAUUCAUUACGUAUGGUACAGGAGUAGUGUAGUAGACUUAAGUAUUCAUUAAGUACCACCAUAAUGACAACAUUAAAGUAAAGUAGUGUAGUAGACCUAAGUAUUCAUUAAGUACCACCAUAUUGAUAAUAAUACAGUAGUGUAGUAGACGUAAAUAUGCAUUAAGUACCAAAAUAAUUACAUUAAAAUACAGUAGUGUGGUAGACCUAAGUAUUAAUUAAGUACCACCAUAAUGACAACAUUAAAUACAGUAGUGUAGUAGACCUAAGUAUUCAUUAAGUACCACCAUAAUGACAACAUUAAAAUAUAGUAGCGUAGUAGACCUAAGUAUUCAUUAAGUACCACCAUCCAUCCAUCCAUCCAUUUUCUACCGCUUAUUCCCUUUCGGGGUCGCGGAGGGCGCUGGCGCCUAUCUCAGCUACAAUCGGGCAGAAGGCAGGGUACACUCUGGACAAGUCCAUAAUGACAUUAAAUACAGUAGUGUAGUAGACCCAAGUAAUCAUUAAGUACCACCAUAAUGACAACAUUAAAAUAAAAAUUUGUAGACCUAAGUAUUCAUUAAGUACCACCACAAUGACAACAUUAAAUACAGUAGUGUAGUAGACCUAAGUAUUCAUUAAGUACCACCAUAAUUAUAAUAAUACAGUAGUGAAGUAGACCCAAGUAUUUAUUAAGUACCACCAUAAUGACAACAUUAAAUACAGUAGUGUAGUAGACCUAAGUAUUCAUUAAGUACCACCACAAUGACAACAUUAAAAUACAGUAGUGUAGUAGACCUAAGUAUUCAUUAAGUACCACCAUAAUGACAUAAUUAAAUACAGUAGUGUAGUUGACCUAAGUAUUCAUUAAGUACCACCAUGACAUUAAAUAUAGUAGCGUAAUAGACCUAAGUAUUGAUUAAAACAAGUUACUGUAACAUCACACACAGUUUGAACAGUAACACUGUGUUUGAAUAUUCAAUGAAGGGAUUCUUUGGUGCCCAGCUGGUCUAAUCGGUUCAGAAAAUGUGGAAAAAGCGUCUUUUUUUUUUUUUCUUUUUUUUUUUUUACCAAGUUUGUGCUGGAAAGUGUUUUAGGGAAUGUCAGCGAUGUUUGCGCUAAAGUGAAUUAGCACAGCGCUAACAGUCAAUUUGUACAUUCAGGGGCCUAUUUUGCUAAACUUCCGCUUUGUACUCGUGAUAAUUGACUAUUACUUUUUGUUGUUUUCACCUGUAAAUGUGUAAUCCCAAUUCUGUCCUAUCGAUGUAAAUAUGAUACAAUGGGAGGCGAUAUUUGUAACUGAGAAACGACUCGGGAAUGCUAAAAUGCCAAAAGUGUUUGGCCACCCCCUUUCCGAUGAUCAGAAUCAGGUGUCCUAAUCAAUACAUGUAAAUAAAAUCACUUGGGCGGGUGGGCCGCUUUCAGUGAUUUCCAGCGUGGAAGUGAAGUGAAGUGAAUUAUAUUUAUAUAGCGCUUUUCUCUAGUGACUCAAAGCGCUUUACAUAGUGAAACCCAAUAUCUAAGUUACAUUUAAACCAGUGUGGGUGGCACUGGGAGCAGGUGGGUAAAGAGUCUUGCCCAAAGACACAACGGCAGUGACUAGGAUGGUGGAAGCGGGAAUCGAACCUGCAACCCUCAAGUUGCUGGCACGGCCAUUCUACCAACCGAGCUAUACCGCCCUAUCACAGGAUGCCACCUGUGCAACAAAUCCAGUCGCAAAAUAUCUGAUGGACCAGUCUGGGUUUGGAGGUUGCCAGGAGAACGGUAUAUUUCAGACUGCAUUGUGCCAAGUUUGGAAUUUGGUGGAGGAGGUAUUAUGAUGUAGGGUUGUGUUUCAGGAGUUAGUUCCAGUGAAAGGAACUUUGAAUGCUCCAGGAUACCAAAACAUAUUGGACAAUUCCAUGCUCCCCAACCUGGUGGGAACAAUUUGGAGCAAGGUCCAUAAAGACAUGGACGACGAGAGUCUGGUGUGGAUGAACUUGACUGGCCUGCACAGAGUCCUGACCUGAACCUGAUAGAAUGAAUAAGAAUGGAGACUAAUAACCAGGCUUUCUCCUGGUGUGACAUUACCAAUGCGCUUUUGGAAGAAUGGUGGAAAAUUCCUAUAAAUGCACUCGGCAACCUUGUGGACAGCCCUCCCAGAGGGUUGACGCUGUAAUAGCUGCAUACUUUUUUCAAUUUAGUGUAUAAGAAGUGCAUGCAUGUUUCUAACCCUCGCACUCCUGCAUCCGACACCCGUUUCACCACUUCAUUUCAUUAAUAAAGGUAUUAUUUUGUGUA